CUGAUGUCAACUAUUUUUGACAUGAGUUGAAAAAGAAACACUUAGUGUUUUAUUUUAUUUUGUUGCAUUUUUCUUUUCACUUUUAAUUUUCUGCAUUUGUGAUCGGAUAUUGCUGGGACUUGUUUUCCCCCCUCCCCUUGUUCUGCACAAAUAGCCGCCCCAACCCUUAGCUGGAUUCUAUCUUAUGAGGUGGGACCAAAACGCCGUUCGUUAGUGCGCACCAACAGCGAUGACGAGACCGCAUUUUCACACUGCCAAAUCUGAAGAUUGGCAGUGAAACAACGUCAGAUAUGCGGUCAAGCAAACGACAAGCAGAGGGCCGGACUCUGUUUGGGCCUCCAUCUCGAUUGUUCAUUAUUAAUCGAACCCUGACGGGAGUUUGCAAACAGGAUUUCACGCCCCGACCUCCACGCUUCCUUUCCUUUCCUUUUUUUUUUUUUUGGGCUGCUACGGACAGAUGGAUGCGAAGGCAAAGAAGGACAUGCUUAGGAUGAAUUGUUCUAUCUCCGAACUUCAAGCUCGAUUUCAAUACAUACAAUUUGACAGCGACAAUGAACAGGAGUUUAGACCUGGUAAAUUAUUGAUAGAUGGAAGAACUCAAUCACCCAGUUUUUACCCACCUGAAAGGCCCCGAACAUGUACCAAAUUUCAAACAAAAUACACCAACAAUAUCUGCCACAAAUUAGGCAUCCUAAUUCUCCAUAUGACAUUGAUUGAUUGCACACCCGCUAGGGGGAAGCGAAAGAAACUCCCCUCCGGUGAUUCCGGCAGGCAUGGCGCUUGGUAUUUUCACCAGUCUCCCAGGAGUGCAGAUGUAU